UCUUGUUGGACCGAUCCAACAAAAAAAAGUGUCGACGGAGGGAGUACUGUUUUAAAAAAACGAGAAAAAGAAAUACAAAGAAAGAACAUAACUUCACCUUAAAGGCGGGAAAAGCAUGGGAUAUUGAGAUUGUAAGAAAAUGGCGGUUUGGUCAUACCCAGAUAUGUCUCUUCAAGAUUUGAUGAAAAUGGUGAAAGGGUUUAUAGAUAUGUUGAUUCUUGCUUGUGGGUAUCAAUCAUCUGGUCGUCUUGCUCACUGGGAUUCACAUAACAUCAAGAAAGCGCUUCAAUGGGCUCUCUUUCUUGAACAUGUGAUGAGGGACCUGAGUAGCUCAGAUGACUACAGAGAGUCUUUGAAGGAGCUUGAUGCAGCUUUACGUGAACUGACCUCUAAUCCACAUCUUCCUCAGGGUCUAGCACAUAUUUGCUCGAAGGUCCUUAGCAAAGCGAGUGAAUUCAUGCUAGAACAUCUCAUCAGCGUCUUUCCACUGAGAGAUGAACACCUCAAAGCUUUACUGACUGCAACUGUUGAGAUGGACUUUCACAUGCACCAGAAGACAGAUAGUAGAUCUCUCCUUGGAAUUUUUGAAACCUUGAUGUGCAAUACAUCUAAAAGCCCCGUUCCUAAUGAGAGAAAGUUCCUAAUGGAGGAAUCUCUAAACUCUUCUUCAAGUGGACAAGCUGAUGAUUCAAUCAGCUGUGGGUUUUCUCACUUCACUGCACAAGCGCUUGAAAGGAGGCAACUAACGGUUUCAUUGAUAUCUUCAGCAGAGACAGGUUUGAACAUUUUGUCCAGUGGCUUAAGAGAUCUAUAUGAGAGGGAGGAUGACAAUGCCUUAAAUGUAAAUAUGAAGCAUGCAACAAAUUUCAUGACUGAAGAAAUACCAAUCGGUUCUGCUGUCUGGAAUUCUUGGAAAUCAAGAAGCCUAUCAUAUUUGCUUGACAAGAGAACUAUUAGACUGGUCUCAGGUGCCAGUCUUCUGUUUUCUGCACCGAAGAGUCAAUGGAUUCAAGUGUUUCAGCGGAUAGAUAUAUCAUCUCAACUCGAAGAUAGUUUGCGCGAAAUAGUUGAGCUCAUGUUACUGGGAUGUGUAGUGGAUAAAUGGAGUUUUCUGAUUGACCGUCUGAUGUUGACCUCUUAUGAGUUUGUCACCACUUCGAGGUUAUACAAUGAGGUGCAUAAAUUUGUACAGAGAGGUUGUAGAGAGGAUAUCAUCAACUCCAAGGAAAAAGGAAUUAUUGAGUACCUUGAAGUUUUCUUACACAAUCGGCUACAUCUCUUGUGGGAACUAUCUCCAGUGCUAGCAGCAUUUGCAAUUCCUUCGUGGUCAAAUUUGUUCAGAAAAUAUCUGACAGAGCUUGACAGUCAAGUUACAGGAGAUUUUUCAGUAACUAGAUCCUGUAGUAGUUCUAAGGAAAGGAAGGAGCAGAGAGAAUGUGAUGUUGCUGAGAGAAUUUGGUGCCUUCAUGUUUGUCAUGUUGGUGGUUCUGGUGUAGAAUCUAGUUCAUUUAGCGCUUGACAAUAUUCCUCUUGAAGGCAUAAUUGGAACGAAGAAAAGAAUAAGAAAAAGGUCAAUAAAGGAAGCUAAAAUUGCGAGAAAAGUGGAAAACAAAGAGAUGCAUUCAAAGAUGUCGAGGCGUUCUAUGACACAAGUAUCCCUUUAUGAUCUUUUUUUCUUUACUUGUUUGGACGUUCGUCGUUUCAAUCCAAUGGUCUAUAAUGAAUGAGUUGGUGGGGAGAACUCUUUUUUUUGCAUAAGAGCUGAGGUGAGCCUUCCCUUGACAUCAUAACAAGCUCCUGUCAUAAUUAUAUUAGGUAAAGAAAAUAUCACGGGCAAUAAAUGGAAUGUGCUGGUAAGAUUGUAUCUAAUCCUUGAUUAGUGCCUCCGUACAAAAGAAUGAUGUUACAUCAAUAGGAAGAACCUUUUGUUAUCUUUGAAGUUUGGACCGUCAGGACCUACAAGAAACAACACACAGUUAGCGCGUUUGGUAUGAGAGAGAACCACCUCCACUCAGUGCAUAUGUGAAAAGGACAUCCAAUAUCAAAGAAGCUGAUGCCGACAGAUGGAAUAUAUACACUUGAAAAGCACAAAGAUUAUUAUAUUCCUCUUUAAGCAUUCCAUUAACACUGUGGUUUUUGAAGUCCCAUAAAACCAACAGAGAUCUACUUUCUUAUGUUGGUAAGCAGGCGAAGGUCGAAAAUCUUUAUGAAGGGAAGUUCAAAGAAGAUCCAGAUGUUGAAGUGGCGCGGACAGAGAGUUGCACAUAGCAGCUCCGAUGUUACACUGGUUAGUGUUGAAAGAAGAGCACCCAUGGAUUGUUUCAAAGGACU